UUUUAGUAUAAAGUAUUUUACUUAUAUCUUUUAAUAACAAAUUUGUUCCGUUAAAAAUUCUGCCACACUAAUUCACAAUUAUCGCGGAAAAAAAACAAACAUAAUGCAAGGACUUGGUCUUCAAAGCCUUAAGAAAAAUCCUGCUUUAAUACCACUUUACGUGUGUGUUGGCGCAGGAGCAAUUGGAGCUGUAUAUUAUAUGGCCCGUCUUGCAACUCGCAAUCCCGACGUAACAUGGAAUCGCACAUCAAAUCCUGAGCCUUGGCAAGAGUACAAAGACAAACAGUACAAGUUUUACUCGCCUGUGAGGGAUUACUCUAAAACUAAGAGUGCUGCUCCAAAUUUCGAGGAAUAAUUUGAAAUUUGUGUUUUCGUAGUGCAAUUAUUUAAAAUAAUGAAAUUGAUGUAAUUU